CGUGUGUCGGCAGGAGCCGCGCCGCCCCGCGCUCUUGGCCGCCCUCCCGCGGGCAGCGGGACGAGUCUAGCCGAGCCUCGGCCUUCCCUUCUCCUUGCCGCAGCCGGCGGACAGCCGCGGCGCGCCUACAACUCCCGUCAGGCCACGGCGUAGGGUUUAGGUCCCGCCGCACGGCGGCCUCGGGCUGCCGCUGCCGGUGUGAAGCGGCGUGAAACGGCGUUCGCUGAUUCUCACAAGCAGCCGGGUGGGAGCGGCUGCGGGACCUCGCCCCGUCCGGCAGGGAGGCGAGCGGAGCGGAGCGGCGCUCCCCCACUCUCCGGAGGCGCCGCCGAAGGCAGCCCCGCGCCCCGUGGGCCUUCUGCGGGUGCGGCGGCGGCGGCCCGCGCCUCCUCUCGCCAAGAUGGCGGCGCCGUUGGCGGUAAAUUCGGCUGCCAGCUUGUGGGGUCCAUAUAAGGACAUAUGGCAGACUGUAAUGAAUGCCAUUUGGAAAAGGCAACCUGAAGCUAUUCAUCGCCUCGACCAGGUCUUAAAGAAACACAGAUCUGACUUCAUUUCUCUCUUCAGAAAUCCGCCAAAGAAUGUUCAGCAGCACGAGAAAGUUCAGAAAGCAAGUACAGAAGGGGUUGCUAUCCAAGGUCAGCAGGGAACCAGGCUUUUGCCAGAGCAACUCAUCAGAGAAGCCUUUAUCCUCAGUGACCUCUUUGAUAUCGGAGAGUUGGCAGCUGUUGAGCUUCUUCUAGCUGGAGAACACCAGCAACCUCAUUUUCCUGGCCUUACAAGAGGUCUUGUGGCUGUGCUGUUGUACUGGGAUGGAAAAAGAUGCAUAGCUAAUUCACUACGAACCCUCAUCCAGUCACGCCAAGGCAAGACUUGGACGUUGGAACUCAGUCAAGAGCUAGUGUCCAUGACAACACGCUUUACAGAUGACCUAAUGGAGCAGGGUUUGACUCAGAAAAUCCUCACACUCGUGUCUCAAAUUGAUUUAAACCAUGAAUUUGAUAAACUCCAGAGGGAGCGAGGAUUGGGCAGUGAGAAACAUCGCAAAGAGGUUUCUGACCUCAUCAAAGAAUGCCGACAGUCCUUGGCUGAAAGUCUCUUUGUCUGGACCUGCCAGUCACCGCUGAGUAAGGAUGACACCCUAAUCCUCAUAAGUUACUUGGAGAAAGUAACAGUAGAAGCUGAUGGCUCGUUGGACAGCGUCAACUUGUCUCUUCUUAUGGCACUCCUCUACUGCUUUGAUGUCAGCUUUCUGGAACAAGGCACAGAGGAUCGUGAAGAUCUGAUGCACCGGCUCCCUCUACUAGCAGAAAGACAGUACAUAGCAACAAUACACACUCGUCUUCAGGAGUCUCAGCCUUGGAAACUACCAGGCUUACAAGCAACGGUUAGAUUAGCCUGGGCACUGGCUUUACGAGGAAUAUCCCAGUUGUCUGACGUGACAGCUCUUGCAGAAUUCACUGAGGCAGAUGAAGCCAUGGCAGAGCUGGCGGUUGCUGAUAAUGUCUUUCUGUUCCUGACGGAAUCUGUUGUGGGAUCUGAAAAUUUCUACCAGGAGGAGUUUUACAUUCGCAAGAUUCAUAACCUCAUCACAGACUUCCUUGCGCUCAUGCCAAUGAAAGUGAAGCAGCUGAGAAACCGUGCUGAUGAAGAUGCUCGCAUGAUCCACAUGAGUAUUCAGAUGGGGAACGAUCCGCCUAUUUCUCUUCGGAGAGAUCUGGAGCAUUUAAUGCUUUUAAUUGCUGAGUUGUAUAGGAAGGAUCCCUUUAAUUUGGAACUUGCCCUUGAAUACUGGUGUCCAUCAGAGCCUUUGCAGACAUCUACCAUCAUGGGGUCAUAUCUUGGAGUAGCUCAUCAGCGACCUCCUCAGCGCCAGGUUGUCUUGUCAAAGUUUGUCAGGCAAAUGGGAGAUCUUCUUCCCUCCACAAUUUACAUCCCAUACUUGAAAAUGCUGCGGGGACUGGCCAGUGGGCCUCAGUGUGCUCAUUACUGCUUUAGUUUGCUGAAAGUCAAUGGUGGUAGUCACGCGGAAAACAUCCAAGGAGCAGGUGGCAGCCCUGUCUCCUGGGAGCACUUUUUCCACUCUUUGAUGCUCUAUCAUGAACACUUAAGGAAAGACUUGCCAAGCGCAGACAGCGUUCAGUAUCGUCACCUGCCUCUCCGAGGAAUCACCCAGAAGGAGCAGGAUGGGUUAAUUGCCUUUUUACAGCUGACCACUGUUAUAGUGAAUUGGAGUGAGAACGCUCGCUUGGCUCUUUGUGAACACCCUCAGUGGACACCAGUGGUGGUCAUUCUGGGACUUCUGCAGUGCAGCAUUCCUCCUGUUUUGAAAGCUGAAUUGUUAGAAACUCUUACUGCUUUUGGGAAAUCUCCUGAAAUAGCUGCUUCACUUUGGCAAUCUCUGGAAUACACCCAGAUAUUACAAACAGUGAGAACUCCAGGCCAGAGACAAGCAAUUGGUAUUGAGGUUGAACUGAAUGAGAUUGAAUCCAGAUGUGAGGAGUAUCCUUUAACCCGUGCCUUCUGUCGACUCAUCAGCACACUUGUAGAGAGUUCAUUCCCCUCAAACUUGGGUGCAGGUCUCCGCCCACCAGGCUUUGAUCCCUAUCUCCAGUUCUUGAGGGACUCCGUGUUUCUUCGAUUCCGCACCAGAGCUUACCGAAGAGCUGCUGAAAAAUGGGAAGUGGCUGAGGUGGUACUAGAGGUAUUUUACAAAUUGCUGCGGGACUACGAGCCUCAACUUGAAGACUUUGUGGACCAAUAUGUGGAGUUACAAGGAGAUGAAAUAAUAGCAUACAAACCACCUGGAUUCAAUUUGAUGUAUCAUCUAUUGAAUGAGUCCCCAAUGCUGGAACUGUCUUUGAGUUUGCUGGAGGAAGGGGUUAAGCAGCUGGAUACUUACGCUCCGUUUCCUGGGAAGAAGCAUUUAGAGAAAGCAGUAGAGUAUUGCCUUGCACUUCUAAACUUAACCCUGCAGAAGGAGAAUCUGUUUAUGGAUCUGUUACGGGAAAGCCAUCUUUCUUUAAUUGUCACACCACUGGAGCAGCUGCUUCAGGGAAUCAAUCCCCGCACCAAAAAGGCCGAUCAUGUGGUGAAUAUCGCUAGGUAUCUUUAUCACGGAAACAGCAAUCCUGAACUGGCUUUUGAAAGUGCCAAGAUUUUGUGCUGCAUUUCUUGUAAUUCCAACAUCCAGAUAAAACUAGUUGGUGAUUUCACACAUGAUCAGAGUACAAGUCAAAAGCUGAUGGCCGGGUUUGUGGAAUGUUUGGACAAUGAAGAUGCAGAAGAAUUAAUUAAUCCAGAAGAAGAGCUGGAGCCUGAAAAGAAGCGGGCGCGAAUCCAUCAUGAGACAAGGAUCCAUAUUCUGAAUCUCCUCAUCACGUCUCUUGAAUGUAGUCCUCCCAGCCUUGCUCUGUAUCUCUUGGGAUAUGAACUAAAGAAACCUGUCAGCACCACAAAUCUGCAAGACCCAGGUGUCUUGGGUUGUCCACGGACUUGUCUUCAUGCUAUUUUGAACAUACUGGAAAAAGGCACUGAAACAAGAAAUGGGCCUACAGCAGUUCAGGAAUCUCCUCAUCUUGCAGAACUCUGUUAUCAGGUGAUCUAUCAGUUAUGUGCAUGCUCUGACACAUCGGGUCCAACUAUGCGAUACCUGAGGACCAGUCAGGAUUUCUUGUUCACUCAGCUGCAGUAUUUGCCAUUUUCUAUAAGAGAACAUGAGAUUUCAACACUGAACCAGAUGUCAUGGUUAAUGAAAACUGCAGCUAUAGAAAUGCGAGUGACGUCACUUAACCGCCAGCGCUCCCAUACACAGAGACUGCUGCAUCUGCUGCUUGAUGACAUGCCUGUGAAACCAUACUUGGCUGAUGGUGAAGGAGGGAUGGAAGACGAAAGUCGAUCAGUCAGCGGUUUUCUCCAUUUUGACACUGCCUCCAAAGUUCGCAGGAAAAUCUUAAGUAUCUUGGAUUCAAUUGACUUCAGUCAGGACAUUCCAGAGCCUUUGCAACUGGAUUUUUUUGACCGCGUUCAGAUUGAGCAAGUCAUUGCUAAUUGUGAACACAAGAAUGCACGUGGGCAAGUGGUCUGCAAUGUCAAGCAUCUUCACAGAGUUUUGGUUGCAGAAGUCAAUGCCCUGCAAGGAAUGGCAGCAAUAGGUCAGAGACCUUUACUUAUGGAGGAGAUCAACACCAUCCUGCAAUACGUAGUGGAGCGGAAUAAACUGCUGCAAUGCCUCCAUGCUAAGAAGCAUGCUUUAGAGUCAUGGAGGCAGCUGGUGGAAAUUAUACUCACUGCCUGCCCCCAGGAUCUUAUACAGGCUGAAGACAGACAAUUGAUUAUCCGUGAUCUAUUACAGGAUGUUCAUGACAAGAUCCUGGAUGAUGAUGCAGCUCAGGAGCUGAUGCCUGUGGUGGCAGGGGCUGUGUUCACCCUCACUGCCCAUCUUAGCCAGUCUGUGAAAACAGAGCAGAAACAGCCACUUGCAGUCCCAAUGACUGGACAGUCCCAAUACAUCUUGAUGCUGGAUGGUUCUUUUACCUCAUCACCUGGCUCUGAGAGCAUAUCCAUGGGUUUUGCUUCCAUUGGUGACUCUUCACUCCACAUCAUCUUAAAAAAGCUGCUGGAUUUCAUUUUGAAAACAGGUGGUGGAUUCCAGAGAGUGAGGACACACCUUUAUGGCUCGCUGCUUUAUUAUUUACAGAUUGCACAGAGACCGGAUGAACCAGACACUUUAGAAGCUGCUAAAAAAACAAUGUGGGAACGUCUGACAGCUCCUGAAGAUGUGUUUAGUAAAUUGCAACGAGAAAACAUGGCAAUUAUUGAGAGUUACGGGGCAGCUCUCAUGGAGGUGGUCUGUCGUGAUGCUUGUGAUGGCCAUGAGAUAGGCAGGAUGCUGGCAUUGGCUUUGCUUGACCGCAUUGUUUCAGUAGACAAGCAGCAGCAGUGGCUUUUGUAUCUCUCCAAUAGUGGCUACCUGAAGGUGCUUGUGGAUAGCCUAGUAGAUGAUGAUCUCACUCUUCAGAGCUUACUCAUGCCUCAGCCACCUUUACUUAAGGCGUUGUACACCUAUGAAUCCAAAAUGGCAUUCCUCACCAGGGUAGCUAAGAGUCAGCAAGGGGCAUUAGAACUGUUGCGGUCUGGUGUGAUUGUGAGGCUGGCACAGUGUCAAGUAUAUGACAUGCGACCUGAAACAGAUCAUCAGGGAAUGUAUGGAAUGAGAGAUCCCCCAGUCUUCAUUCCUGCUCCAGUGGAACGUUAUCGCCAGAUUCUUCUUCCAGCUCUUCAGCUGUGCCAAGUGAUUCUCACAUCCAGCAUGGCACAACACCUGCAAGCAGCGGGACAGGUUUUGCAGUUUCUCAUUUCCCAUUCAGAUACUAUCCAGGCAAUCCUGAGGUGUCAAGAUGUUAGUGUUGGAUCUCUCCAAGAACUGGCCUCCCUGACAGGAAUAAUCAGCAAGGCAGCUUUGCCUGGGGUGCUAAAUGAAUUGGAUGUUGAUGUUAAUGAAGGGACACAGAUGGAGCUACAAGGACACAUAGGUCGAUUUCAGCGCCAGUGCCUGGGACUUCUAAGUCGAUUUGGUGGUUCAGACAGGCUACGUCAGUUCAAACUGCAGGAUGAUAACGCAGAAGGAGACAGAGUGAACAAGAGAGAUGAAAUUGAGUUGGCCAUGCAACAGAUCUGUGCAAAUGUGAUGGAGUACUGUGAGUCGCUGAUGUUGCAGAGUGCCUCCACUUUUGAGCACACUGUUUGUCUGUUCACUCCUAGCCUGUCAGAGUCAACCAACCGAGAUGGGCCUCGUCAAGAUACACAAGCACCAGUGGUCCCAUACUGGCGCUUGCCUGGUUUGGGCAUUAUCAUCUAUCUACUGAAACAGAGCACUAAUGAUUUCUUCAGUUAUUAUGAUAGCCAUCGUCAGAGUGUUAACAAACUGCAAAAUGUGGAGCAACUCCCACCAGAUGAAAUAAAAGAGCUGUGUCAAUCAGUUAUGCCAGCUGGAGUUGAUAAAAUCUCUACUGCCCAAAAAUAUGUUUUGGCAAGGCGACGUCUAGUGAAGCUAAUAAACAACCGAGCCAAGCUGCUUUCUCUUUGUUCUUAUAUUAUAGAAACAUGUCUCUUCAUUCUUUGGCGUCAUCUGGAACACUAUCUGCUGAAUUACACACCCACUGACUCCCAAGACUCAUUGCUGUCUUCCAGAAUAUCAUUUAAGAGAGGAAGACUGCAAGGUUCUUUUGGUUCAGAGUCCAGCUUGGAUUUCAGCAGUGGACUGAAUCGAGUGAGUCAGCAUGAUAUAGAUCAGCUUCAGAUUGAAACCACCAACAGUUUUGGUGAAUCCCUACAGAAGAAGCUUCUGGACAUUGAGGGGUUAUAUUCUAAGGUUCGGUCACGUUACACCUUUAUUCAAGCUCUUGUGAGACGUAUCCGUGGUCUCCUAAGGAUAUCAAGGACCUAAAAGACUGAUACAUGAAGCUUGCCCCUUGAAGCAGCAUGUCUGGGCAGGCUUUCUGAUCAUUGGAUUUUAUAAAUGACACAUUUUCUAAACAAUGUCCAAAAAAAAAAAGCAUUUUUGUUACCUUUUUUUUCUUAUCCCUUUGGAUCAGUUUUGUGCAUUCUUUCUUACUGCUCCCAACUUGAAAAAUAAAGAAUCAUUUUUAA